AUGUUCAUUCUUACUGAAAUAUCUGACCUUGUGCGGGUCCCGCCUCCGUCGUUCAACGUGCCCACGCCCGUGGCGCUAAAAGAUGAGCUCCACAAGAAGUACUCCAACAAGGUGAUUUCCAACUUGGGACUAGCGGUGGCGGUGUGGGACAUUCUCGAGAUCAAGGAUGGCCUUUUGAAGCCUGGAGACGGUGGUGCAUACGUCGAGACGAAGUUCCGUAUGGUGGUGUGGAAACCGUUCGUAGGGGAGAUCUUGACUGGGUGGGUCAACGAGUGCACUGCCGAGGGAAUUAAGGUGAGAAUGGACUUUUUCGAUGAUAUCUUUAUUCCAAAGGACUAUUUAUUCGAAGGGUGUGUGUUCAAGCCGGCCGAAAAGGCGUGGGUCUGGCAGCCGGACGCCGACACCGACUUGUACAUUGACGUUAACGAACAAGUACGUUUCCGCGUUGAAGAAGAGGUCUUCGCCAACAUUAAGCCCAAGUCGAGUUCAGAAGCUUUGGGGCUCGAGACUGAUGCAAACAGGGCGCCGCCAUAUGCAAUAGUGGCUUCGUGCCAAACUGACGGAAUGGGCUGCGUCUCCUGGUGGGACUAA